CACCACCUUGGACUUCCAGGGACAUUUCUUUCUGGGAAGAAAUUUAAUGUUAAUUAAAAAACACUUCCAGAAGAUUCACUGCUGCACGUCGAGGGGGAGCAAACCCAGGAAGGACCGGCAUGGGAAUCCUAUAUUCUGAGCCCAUCUGCCAGGCAGCCUACCAGAAUGACUUGGGGCAGGUGUGGCGGUGGGUAAAAGAAGACAAUCAUUACGUGGAUGUUCAAGAUGGCUUCAAUGGAGACACUCCCCUCAUCUGUGCCUGCAGGCGAGGACACAUGAGAAUUGUCUCCUUCCUUUUAAGAAGAAAUGCUGAUGUCAACCUCAAAAACUUGAAGGAGAGAACCUGCUUGCACUAUGCUGUGAAGAAGAGGUUUACCUUCUUUGAUUAUCUACUCAUUAUCCUUUUAAUGCCUGUCUUGCUUAUCGGGUAUUUCCUCAUGGUAUCAAAGACAAAGCAGAAUGAGAAUCUUGUACGCAUGCUUCUUGAUGCUGGUGUCGAAGUUAAUGCUACUGACUGUUAUGGCUACACUGCUUUGCACUAUGCAUGCCAGAUGAAAAAUCAGACGCUCAUUCCCCUGCUUCUGAAAGCCCGUGCAGACCCCAUGAUCAGGAACAAGCAAGGUGAGAGUUCCCUGGAUAUCGCACAGAGACUAAAAUUUUCCCAGAUUGUAUCAAUGCUAAGGAAAGCCUCAUAGUCAUGGGACUUCUCAUGUGGAGACAGAGAGAGACACAGCUGAAGGACUGGAUGUUGUCCCUGUCUUGGACGAUUUCUCUGUGGGCACUCAAGCUGGAUGCAUCGGCCUUGUGACAAGCCCUGGAUUUAAUAAAGACUCUUAUUCAGUGGAGGUCACCAUGGCCACAAUCCCUCUGAAGGACCUGUUACACUAGCUGGAAUCUCUGUUACUGUCAAAGCUGAUUUUUAAAACAUUCUAAUUCAGUGUCUUCUAAAAACAAGUCAGAGCUACCUGAGGUCACAUUCUCUUCCCUGUUGUGUCAUCCUUCAGAAAGUUUUGCCUUGCAUCCUGUCCAGGGAGACAAAUGGCUCUUCACAGGCCCCUUGACGUACUAAGCCAAACAACCAGAAUGUGUGCAUUUGAAUGACAUGGCACAUAUGUGUGGGGAGUUAGAGAUUCCUGCGUAAAUAUUCCUUUGAUUGAAAAUCUUCAAUAAAAACAUCUAUGUGUUGUCAGUUAUGAG